AUGGGCGCAGCGCAAGACACUGUCGAUGACAAGCUCGUCAGCGCGGUGACUGAGUAUGUCAAGCAGUAUAUGGCUCUCUACGAUGGGUCACAUGAUUUCAAUCACAUACAGAGAGUCCUAGGACUUGCAAAGCACAUCUACGCCCAAUCUCCCGCAUCGUCAGGUCUUGAUCUUCAGACCGUCAUACUCAGUGCUCUCCUCCAUGACGUUGGAGACAAGAAGUACUUAAAGCCAGAUGAAGAUGCUUCUACCUUAGUCUAUAAGCUUCUUCUGUCAUAUGGUGCUGAUGAGCAACUUGCACAGAAAGUUCAGACAAUUUGCCUCGGUGUCAGCUACUCCAGCGAGAUCAAGGAUCCAGCUCGGGUGCAGAAUCUCAUCAAGGAACAUCCGGAGCUUGCCAUUGUCCAAGAUGCUGAUCGUCUAGACGCCAUUGGCGGAGUCGGCAUCGGAAGAUGCUUUACCUUUGGGGGUGCUCGAACUGAGCGGUCCAUGGACGAGACGGUCAAGCAUUUCGAUGACAAGUUGGUGCGGCUAGUGGGAAUGAUGAAGACUGAAGUUGGACGGCAAUUAGCACAGGAGAGGACGGAAAGGCUGCUUCUCUUCCAGAAGUGGUGGGAUGAAGAAACCGCCUUCGCGGCGACUGCAUCUGCACCAGCAUAG